ACUGCUCCCGUGCGGCACAGAACCAAAAAAAGACAGCAAGAUCUUUGUUCCUUCUUUUCAACUUCCGUGACCAAAAAUGACAUUAGAAACAGUGGCUCUUUGAUGGCGCUAAAUCAUGCGUAGUGUAUUAGUUCUGUCCAAGACAAACGUCAAGUAUGAAUGAAAGAAGUACUCUUCUGACCCAGGAAAAGCAGUUCCAAGAGAUAACGGAGGCCACGGCUGCUUCUAAACCAAAGAAUGUUCCUAGAUUUCCCCUACUGCUGCACGAUCUUAUACUAGCAUCUAAACUGAAUGAUGAGACUGCUCUUCGGACACUCAAUUCGUCCAUUCUGGAGGAAUUGGACUUUGGCGAUGCAGGUGAUAAUGAAAAGCCAUGUCACGGUGCAGAUUCAGGUCGCUCCUUCGACCAUGUACGCGUCCCUAAGCUUUCUGAUUUAGAGGACAUCGAUGGCUGGACACCAUUACAUUCGGCGUGUGAAAGUAAGAGCCCAGCAGCUGUCUCUUAUCUUCUGGAGGAAGAUUGCUCGCCUAACAGACCAGCCAGGAAUCAAUAUGGUGGCAUGACUGCAAUGCACGUGGCCUGCUUCAGUGGCAACGCACAGAUCGUAGAGGCGCUGGUCUGUGCUGGUGGCAUGUUGCUUGCACCAUCCACCACGAAUGGUCUGAUCCCGAUAGACCUAGCCUCGUGCACUCCUUUUCCGUCCAAGGCGUUAGCGGACAUCAUUGAGAGACAUUCAGGGAUCAAGGUUGCCUUUGAAUGUGGAGACGAUGCUGAGAUCUGCUGUGGGCCAAUAUUGAAGAGCAGACGCUUUUAUACCAUUCUUCCUGGAAGAGAGCUAAAGUAUCGCUUUGCCAGCGAGGAGGAAGUUCGUGAGGCUAUCUUGAUUGGAGGAAGAUCUGGUCUUCCAAAGCUAGGCAAUAUAGAGGAAGCAGCCAAGGCUCUCGUUGGUUAUGCCCGCUCUUCCUCGCCAAUACCGGUGGGAAAGGGUGCAACCAAUCAGUCGAUCUCAUCAAAAUUCUCCCUCACCCCGUUCAAGGAACCAAUAUCACCGAAUGCUGCACUGUCAGAUAGUUUUAGUGAGUUGAUGGCCAGUAGGGAAACGUACAUGAGCACAGCCCAGCAUGCUGUCAACAUACUGGACUCCGACACUGCCAUUGCCAAUAAGGAAAACACACCACCCGGUGAAAGCAACCCAGCCAGUUUUUGGACCAUGGCACAGGGCACUCCUAUCAAGAAAACUCCAGUAGAGCCGGCCAACCCCGACCUGUUCCCUGUGAAGAUAACUGCCAGGCCAGCAGCCAAGAUGAAGCAUGCUCGAUUUGCACCUGGCGUCCAGUCACCUAUCAGUACUCGCCCGAGUGGCCGACGGGUGCACAGCGGCCAUCCAGUCCUAUCUCUGCGCAAGCCUCUGGCCGAUAUCACUGAGGUAUCUACGCCGACUGCAAGGGCACCGAUGACAAAGCCUCCAACUCCUUUUCCCAAAACUGUGGCCAAGAAAUUGGAUGGCAUCUAUGCUGUCUCACAUCCAACCGAUGACAAAGAAAAUCAGAAUUUCAGAUCUGCAAAGGUGGAUGUUUACACAAAGGCACGCUCCAAGAAGACUGGACUCAAGCGAGUUGCAUUCCAGGACCACAAUGAAGAACAUUGCUAAGCUCAUCAAGUGAGUCUGAUGGGGGGCCCAUCGAGGGCUGUCCUAUCCUGAGGAUUUCUAAUUUUCUCCUGCACCGUAGGUGCCACAAAGCAUACAUGCAUGCCAACUGUGUACUUUUCCCGUGACUACUGUUAAUUGAGCGUAUCCAGUAUCCAGUAUAGAUAGUAUUUUGAGAAGUGUUACUCAUUAGCCUUAUGUCACGAUAUUUUAACCUCUAUUUUAAUUAAACGAGUUCCAAUGGAUAUUUAGCUGUAUCUUUCUGAAACCGUGACUAGAAAUUACGAAUUAGCCGUUUAUCACACUAUCCACGUCUCACUAUGUUGUACGAUCGUAACUAUCAUCAGUUCCUAACCCAACUCUUGUAGUAUUAACUAGAAGUUAUGAACAAGGAUUGGCUGCAUGCACACUUAUUA